CAUCUGCAUAUUCAGAAGUACCUUGAAGCUGGUUGGCUGCUACUGGCUUCCCCACCCCAUUCUAGUAGGGACUGAGCUCAGAUAGAGUCUUCAAUGCCAGCGUGACUGCUUCAGUGCCCCUUCCCACUCAGCACUUUCUCUCCAAAAAACCCUGGGAACACAAGGUACUCUGCGGACAGCUGCAUUCCUGCUGUAGCUAAGGGACCGGGACUCCCCAACCAGGACUCCAGACGGACUCGGGAGAAACGCCGCCAGGCCUAAGGUCAGGGAGGACCAGCUCCAGAUCUUUGGGCAGCAGGAACACAAAACACCUCGUGAGACUGCAAUCUCCAAAUCCUGCCUUGUUUCUGUCUUGCAAUACUGUCACCCAAACAGUCCCUGUCAUUGUUGAGUGUUGGCUCUUCAACUUCAAAAGCAGGCAACAAAGGCUAUGAAUGGGAGCAGUGUCUCUAAGCAGGAUGGAGAAAUUACUAGUUUAGGACACCCAGGUGGGCUGGAAAAAGAAUCCAGUCUCCAAAGAGACUCUUUGUUCUCUUCUCCCAGUGUGCCCAACCUAUCACAGCUCCUCAGCCAGACAACAGGCAACAGGAUACAGGAACCAAAAGUCAUUUGCCCUUCUUCCCAGAUAAUGGAAUUACUUCAUCAAGAUGGGGAAGACUCAUCUUCUAGGGAAGGAACACAAGCCCUCGCUCCUCCCUUAAGCCACACCCCCAUCUUCUGUUUUGGUGACAAAGACCAGUUUGGCAAUGAACACCUACGUGCCAAGAGGGCCAGAGUGGAAAGCAUUAUCCAAGGCAUGAGCCUCUCACCAAACCCUAUAGCACUUGGCGCUAGUGCAGAAAGAGACAGAGAACAUAACACAGAGAAAAGGAGAGAGAGCUGUAGAGAGAACAAAAGAAAGCAAAAGCUGCCUCAGCAGCAGAGUCCACAUGUGGCACAACUGGUGGGGACUAGCACCAAUGCAGAAGAGCACCACUACCUAAAGGAACAGCUUCAAAUUCUGCAGCAGCAGCUGAGGCAACUCCAAGAGAAAUUCUUUCAGGUUUAUGAGCUCAAUGACUCUGAUCAAACCCAAGAAGGGACAGAGCAGAUUAUGCACUUACUGACGGAGAAGCACGGAGACAGUCUGGAGAAAAGCAUUCAGGCUCUCACCAGAGACCAGCACAAAGUUCUUUGCAGGAGCACUUCAGAGAUGGAAGGCCACAAAGUGCUAGAGGAAGAAAGCAAAAUAGUCAUUAAAGGUGACCUGUCCUCUGAAGAAAGAAUGCUUUCUGAGACACUAAAGGGUGAGCUGGCCAGAGUGGUGUCACAGGCAGUGGACUCUGUUUUGAAAAAGAUCUUGUCCAGCUUCCCAGGCCAUCUCUCUCAAAUGCAUGAUAGCCUCCCCAUGGCGACAACAGACAACAGAAGAGAGCAUCUUGCUUCUGUAGAAUGCUCUAGGAAAAAACAAUUUCCUAAAGCUUCCUCCCAGAAUUUGGUGAAUUCACUGGCUGAAGCUCAGACUGAGGCCUUGUCACUUGUCUUAGAGAAGUCUCCAGACUUUCCAACUUACCCAGUCAGUUUAAGAGGGGUAAGAAAACCCUGCCAAGUACCUAACAUGAGUUACCCCUUGCUCAUGUCAUCUCAAGUUCAAGAAAACCAGAUUCUUAGCCAGUUGCUAGGGUAUGGUCAAAAUGGCCACUGGAACAGCAGGAUUGCCUCUUCUCCAGAUAGGUCUUCCCCAGCAUCCCUAGACCAACCAUGGGGAGCAGUCAAACUGAGGUCAUCAGUCAUGAGACAGCAGCAAUAUCCUACAUCCCCCAACUCCACUCAAAUGGAAAGUUUGGCUUUUCUUUCAGCUGGCAAAGCAGAAUGCAGGGAUCUGCAGAGUAUCAUGGAUGGGAUGUCCUUCUCCUCAAUCCAUAUAUCCUUUAAUGACCAUCAGAAAUCAACAGCUACAGCCUCUAGCGCCAGUUGCUGCUGACAAACACAUGGGUAAUAGUCUUCUGUUUUACCUGACCAAACUAAGAGCUCUGGUUUUAUAUAUUAGAGCAAGAAGCUAGGAGAACAUGUCCAAAUUUCACAUAGUAUUAGGAAAGGGACCUGGGUAGCCUAUACACAUCUGAAUCCUUAUGAAGGCCUAGUAUGUAAACUCUCUCUUUCAUUCAAGAAGUUAGUACUGUGCUCUGUUCAGAGCUCAGCUCUCUUUUUCUGUGGCUGACUAGAAAAUGGUUUUGUUAGUUGGCAUUGCUCACCUAAAAGGGUCCAAGGAAUAUCUUUCUGUAGCACAGGGGUCAGCAACCCCCAGCACAGAUGUCAGGUACAUGAAGACAUUUGGCUUGGCAUGCCAGCCCUCGGGGCAGAUGGCAGGGGAGCUAUGAGAAGCCCAAUCUCUCUUGUGGCAGUACAGCCCAGGCCCCUUCCCCGCCAUCUGCUCUGAGGUGUCUGCACGCCUGCCACCAGCAAAUGAGCCAGGCUGGGGCUCCGUGGACCUUGAUGCAGCUGCUUGCAGCCUCCCCACCACUUGCUGUGAGCAGCCUAGGCUUUGUGGUAGACAGCAGGGGCCUGCCCAGAGCCUGGGUUGGCUGUGGCUGGCAGCCAAGAGACUACAAGUGGCUGUACUGGUGUCUGCAGAGCCCU